UUGUUUUAUUUCUAUUUCGUUAAACUAAGUUGCAGCUCGGAAUAGCUGUUAGCUUACUUUUAUUUAAUUAGUUAACGAUACAGUUAUGUUUAAACUUGGUAUAUUCGUAUUAAUACCGUAUUUUUACUUUAUCAAAUGUGAACCUAAUAUCCCUAUAGUAAUUACGACUUGGAACUUUAAAAACUCCACUAUUAAAGCAUGGGAGGUGUUGAAAACCGGUGGCACAGCAUUGGACGCAGUGGAGCAGGGGGCGUCGGUUUGCGAAGCGCAGCAAUGCGAUGGUACUGUGGGCUACGGGGGCAGUCCUGACGAAGAUGGUGAGACUACCCUGGAUGCUCUUAUAAUGGAUGGGAAGACAAUGAAUGUGGGUGCAGUGGGUGCUCUUCGUAGAGUCAAAAGCGCCAUAUCGGUGGCGAGACAUGUCCUCGAGCACAGCUACCACUCUUUCCUCGUCGGGGAGUUGGCCACACAGUUUGCUGAGCAGAUGGGCUUCCCUGUGGAGUCUCUCACAACUCCUAAAUCCAAGGAAAUUUGGAAAAAAUGGAGAAAUGAAGAUAAUUGUCAACCAAACUUUUGGAUGCAUGUCACACCAGACCCCAGACAAAGCUGUGGGCCAUACUCAAAGAUAAGCAGACACCAGCAUUCGACAAGAGAUCACAAAGUGGACCGAUACAACCACGACACCAUCGGGAUGGUGGCAGUAGACCGGCAUGGGGAUGUCGCCGCUGGGACUUCUACUAACGGAGCCAAGUUUAAAAUGCCAGGAAGAAUCGGUGACUCUCCGAUCCCGGGCGCGGGCGCUUACGCGGACAACGCGGUGGGCGGCGCCGCGGCCACCGGCGACGGUGACGUCAUGCUCCGAUUCCUACCCAGUUACCUAGCCGUGGAGGAGAUGCGUCGCGGCGCCGCCCCCACCGCUGCCGCCGAGACAGCCGUUGCCAGGAUCGCGGCCCACUACCCGGGCUUCAUGGGCGCUGUGGUAGCCCUAGCAAAGGACGGGACGUACGGCGCGGCCUGCCACGGCAUACAUCAGUUCCCGUUUGUCGUGUUCGAUCACUCGGCCGAGCAAUGUAGAACUGAACAUGUGUUGUGUUCCUAAGUCUAGUUCUGAA